AGCUCUCUUCUGGUCAAAGGGAAGGCAGAGUUUUGUCGAACCUUCACACGUUACUGCUGUGAAAAAUACAAACCCAAGAAUGCCUUCCUAUGUUUACAUAUUUUAGGAAAAGGCAUUAAUAAAGUACUAUUCUUUUUGUUGUGAUCUUUAAUAGGUGGGCUGUCACCCUGUUUUCUGUCAGAAGUAGGGCUCGGUACGAGAGACCGGAGAGAAGUCAUCAAGUUUGUUAGGAAGUAGCUUGUGCGGCUCUCCCAACUCCCCUUCACUGUGACACUUCAGUGUGAUUAUCUGUUCCAGGUUCACAUCGAGAUCCACUGAAGACCUCCCACUGGCUGGCACAGGAGUGUCCUCGGCCUCCCCGCGUCAGAGAGCGCAGCAUGAGGGACGGAGGAGGGACUCUGGGCACCUGCCUCGCAAAAGCUCAGGGAGAGGACUCNGGAGGAGGGACUCUGGGCACCUGCCUUGCAAAAGCUCAGGGAGAGGACUUGGACGAGCGGCUGUGCUGCCUGCGAACACAGGAGAGCCCUUGCCCACCAGGUGCACCUUGCUGGGCACCUUCCUGGGCAAAUAGGCCUACGGCUGAUGUACAUGGAAAUUCACAGAAUGAGACGUUAUCAUUGGAAAUGAGAAGUGAUCUGAGUGAGGCCGGCCUCCUGCUUCACGGUGGCACCAAAGUGCUUGCCUAUUUGAAAGAAUCAGUGAGAAGGAAUUCCGCCCCCACCGUGGCUCAGAGCGAGACUGUGGGCCUGUUCUUUGCUCCUGCAGAAGAGGGUUUUGCUGGGCCGUCCCUUGGUGUCAAGGAGGCCUGGGCGAGGGACUGGGUGGGAGGCAGGCCCAGGGCCACCAAGGGCCACAGGGGUCGGUGCCGCAGAGGAGAGCCCCGGGGGUCAGGACUGCCCUGCCGUCAGAAGCGGUCAGACAUGGGAAUCUCUGAGGAUGAGCCGAGUGCUCUUGAGGGGAGAGGCUCUGAGCUGGAACCGUCUCGCCGGCACCCGGUCCUGCGCACCCCACUGCACGCGCAGCGCGGAGCGUUCCCGAGGGAUGGGACAGCGCGGGCUCCCCCCGGCUCGGAGCCCCUGCUGCCAGGGCCAACAGCGGGGUGCAGGAAGAUGCUUCCCCGUGGAAACAGUGCCUCACGCGACCUGCAGGCAACGCCGGGACCUCUGGCUGUGCAGGCUCCUGAGGUAGCGAAGCCAUUACGCCACGGUUAAUGAUGGUAUACGCCGAACAAUAAAAAUAGUGAGAUUCAUUUACAAGGUGUCUUAGAAUGGUUUCUCUGCUCAGUCUGAUGCAGGCGGUGCUGCUGGGAGGUUCCUGCCCCGGUUUCUGUGCCCAGACAGACUUCAGCGAGUGGGAUGGAAACUCAUGGAAAGCCGGUGACACAGAAGGAAACGUUUGAGCGUGUUUUAAAUUGUGCUUGAAAGAGACAUUUGUGAUUGGGAGACCUUUUCCGGGAGAGCACGAACAUGUCCUACGUAAAUACCACAUUAGCCGCAAAGCUUUCGUGUAAAGUCCUGUGUAAACCUUCAACAGCCAUCUGAAGGGCUCCCGUCGUGCUGCCUCGGGCUGCCUGGCCACCUUGCGCAACUGGGUGUCUGUAAACGCUGCCCCCCCGUUCUAGCCCCGGGCCUGCUGGGUUGAUGGGAGCCCUGACCAUUUCCGCACCUUGAGAAUAACUUUGGUCGCAGCAAAAUGUGAUUCCUUUUCUCUCGGCCCUUUCUUCCCACUUGUAAUGCAAUUUUUAACAGAGGCCCUGCGGUGGAUGUUGCAAUAUUAACCUUACCUACAGAAUAAACCUUUCUCAGACUGGCGACCCUGGCAGUGUUACCUGAAACAGAAGCAAGCGUGAGGCUCCGUCACAGAGGACCCUCAAGUGUUUCCCUUGUAGGAAGCGUCUAGUCUCCAGUCGAGGUCUCUUGUACAGUAAGGUUUUCCUGAGAUAGCUCCUUUUUUGUUGUUAAUUGAUAACUUUGAUAAAGGUCACGUAAGAGUGUGAGUUUUUACGGAGUCCCCGAGUCAGACAGCCGUGUCUGGGAUGAUGAAUUGCAUAUACAGUCUCCUGUGCUAGAUUACCAUGUCAUGUGCUAUUUUAGUGUUUUGGGAGAAUGAAAAAUAAAAUCUGUUCUCUAGCAAAAUAAAUGUCUUAUUUUAUGUGUA